GUUGGGAAAUAUGAGUGGUUUUACGAUUUGGUGUUACGCUGCAAAAGGUAUAUUUUCAUAAUUACUAGUUGUCAAGUCCGUCUGUUGACACACCAAAUCGUAUAAGUGAUUGUAGAAGCUUCCCUUGGUGCUGCCUUCACUGCAUUCCCAGAAUUUAACAGAAGAGUAUUAGUGAAAAUGGUCGGCUGGGUGCGUGCAAAUGGAUUGUGCGCGAGUCUCCUGGGACUGGCGACUCUGUCAGCCUCGGUCUCCCCCCAGCUACAGUACCUUCCUCCCUUAAACCCCGCCAGUUCCGUGACCCCUCUGUGUGCCAUGUCCACCACUGUCGUCACUAGAUACGUGACAACGGUAAAAACGCAGUGGAUAACGACCACUCUGUCGCCAUCAAUGGAGCCGUCACACUUCCCCGGCUACCUGCCACCUGCUCCGGACAACCAGGCCUGCCCGACCACGAUCACAGUCACGUCAGAAUCCUAUCCUAGUCGCGGAGGCUUUGUCACCCCGAUGCCCUCCCUCGUGACGCCCUACGAACCCGUAACCUCGCACAACAUAGUAGUAAGUCCGUGUCGAUGUGAUGAAUGUUCUUACGUGGUGCGGAUGGAUCCCUGCGAGUGCGCAGAGGAAUUUGGAUGCGGCUCUGAGCCUCUCUUGUUCAAGGAAACGCAAAAUAAGUGACUCGGAAGAAGUGAAGGGUCGGGUCUCCUUGAACAAAGGGGAAAACACAGUCGUCUUUAUCAUGUGAUCCUGCAAUAUGUGAUGCUUUGUUUGCUUGUCAUUGAUAUAAAAAAGUUCUGUAUUUUCAUGCUGCUGCUUAAUGAUGGAAAUGUAACCCUUUCAAUAAACAUUGCGUAAACUGAUAGGCUCUUAUCCACAAUCGAAAAAAAAUUACUUUCAACUGAAUAAAGGAUAUAUCUUCAUGAUGACGCAGAAGCAAUUAAUCGAACAUAAAAUGAAUAAUCUUUAAGAAAAAGAUAUCCGAAAAAAAACACAAAUAAAUAAAUGCAAAGAAGAAAAAACGUUAGAAUGCAAGCCAAGGACUCAACCACAGCCAUGACAUACUAAAGAUGCGAUUAUUAUUCCAGUAUACGAGUAUAUUCAGGCACAUCGCU